GCUCGCAUUCAGCGGUGGGCGAUAAUUUUGUCGGCAUAUGAUUAUCAUAUCAUGUAUCGCAAGGCAGAAGAUCAUGGAAAUGCAGAUGGCUUGUCACGAAUUCCAUUACCUGAAAUUACCGAUGUAGGAACAGAAGCCAUUUCAGCAAAUAUCAACACACUUUUGACAAACCAUCUUCAAGAAGCUCCUCUAAAUGCAGCACAGAUUGCCAGAAUGACAAGAACAGAUCAAGAACUUUCUAAAGUGUUUCGUUAUGUCAUGGAAGGUUGGCCAAUUGAAGUGUCAGAUGAUUUGAAAGUAUUCUACGCGAAAAGAGAUGAACUGUCAGUAGAACAGGGAUGUCUGCUAUGGGGCACACGAGUGAUUGUACCAUUCAAAUUUCGAAAAUCAGUGUUACAGGAAAUUCACUCAGGACACCCUGGCAUUGUUAAAAUGAAAGCUCUGACUCGUAAAUACGUGUGGUGGCCUAAAAUUGAUACGGAUAUAGAAAGAGUUUGCAAGGAGUGUCAAAUCUGUCAACAAGAACAAAGAAUGCCAAGUCACGUCCCUCUUCAUCCUUGGGAAUUCCCGGGUGAGUGUUGGAAAAGGUUGCAUGUGGAUUUUGCUGGUCCGUUCUUGAACAACAUGUUUAUGAUCAUUGUUGAUGCUCAUUCUAAAUGGUUGGAAGUUUUUCGUAUGUCACAGAUUACUUCUCAAGCUACUAUUACCAGAUUGAAGAGAUUGUUUUCUGCAUAUGGAUUACCUGAACAAAUCGUGACUGAUAAUGCAACUACUUUUACUUCUGAUGAAUUCCAAAGAUUUGUGAAGCAGAAUGGUAUUAUGCAUACCAGAAGUGCACCAAAACACCCAGCAACAAAUGGUUUGGCAGAAAGAUAUGUCCAGACGUUCAAGAGGGGUAUGAAGAAAUUGACUAAUGAGCAAAUGUGCAUUGAGGAUAGACUAUCUUUAUUUUUAUUGCGCUAUCGCACAACUCCUAAUUGUACCACAGGUCAGUCACCAUCUGAUUUAUUUUUAAAGAGACACAUCCGCACCAGGCUGGACUUCCUGAAACCAAACAUUCAUGAGACGGUUCGCAGAAAACAGUAUUUGCAGAAAAAUCAACAUGACUAUCGGGCAAGAGAGAGAUCCUUUGCUGUGGAUGAUUCUGUUUUCCUGCGAAGUACGGUGGGAGGAGAUCCGAAGUGGUUAUCUGGAGUGAUUACACAACAGACAGGACCUGUUUCGUACAAGAGAUUCCAAUGCCACCGGAUGAAAAGGAGACUGCUCAAUCUGCUGAAUCUAAUGAUCAAGCUCAAAAUGCUGAACUCAAUGAUCAAGAUUCUGGAUUUGCUGGAAUUCCAGGUACAUUUGACUCUGAGGUACCUUUUGAACUAACAGAACCCCUGAUUCCAAGUCCAGGGGGUCUACGUCGCUCUAAACGAACUAUUAAAUUACCACAGCGUUUUAGAAAUUGAGAAUUUGAACACAUGUGGUGCUUUUGAACUGAUAAUGUGGUGUAUGAUUUUUAAUGGGGGAGGAAAUGUGGUGUAUUUGGGAUAAUGUGUAUAUAUGCAUGAUGAGCAGUCAUUGGUUCCUAUGCCUGGGAAGAGGGUAUUUAAAUCACGUGAUGUGAUUUGCA